GUUUUACAUUUUUAUUAAACGAACUUUUAAAUGAUUUUGUGAGUGUCAGUGAAAUUGAGGUGGACAGAAGGGAGGAGCUGGGAAAUGUUGAAGUUUCCAGAGGUUGAUGUCAGUGUGUAACUGGAUUCCUCUAGUCUGGGAACAACUGGGAACAAAGAUGGCUGAGUGUGGACUGGAAAACUGCUUUCCCCCUCUCUCACAAAAGCUGGACUGAAGCUAAGUCACUCAAAAUUAUCUUAGAGUGAAACAUGCAAGUAAACUAGCCUAUUCCUAUUUUACAAUAUCAGUCCUUUCAGACAAAAACUUUUGUUGUUGUAUGAAGUUUAAAGUCGAAUUUUCUUACGUAACUUAUUUCUGUUGCAUACCAUCGAAAUAGUGAAUUUAGAGUUUUUAAAAAGCUUAAACAAUAACUCUUCGAUAAUUUUUUGCUCAAAGAAAUUUAAAUCCGAGAUUUUCUGAAUACGAGUUCGUGGCGUCCCGUUGCGCUUUUCGCAAGCGUUGCUAUCAUCCAGACUUAGUUACUGAAAUGAAGAUGUUUGUUUAUAUUUGGUUACUGUAAAUGACACAAUGAGUUCCAGUCGCGUCCGUCCUCAAGCACCGCAGACCCAGGCGGCAUCUCCCGCAACAUCUCCGUGCCAUGAAGGGAUCGAGAUGGAAAAAAUGCAUCAUGAAGAACUUGAAGUGGGCCUCGGAGUGCCCGAUGAGACCCCCUCCCCACCCGCCUCCAGCUCCAGACAGGCGUGGAGCCGAGAUAACCCAGGAUUCGAGCCGGAGGAGGGGAUGAUGGAAGCGGACUGGCCUCCGUCGAGCCCGGGUAGGAGGUCCGUGUCCACGGCGUCCAGCCGCAGCAGCAACGGCAGACCCAGGAGCUUCUCCGGCAUCAGUGCACGGAUAAACAGAGGACUGUAUCCAACUCCACCAGCACAAGAACACCGCAGCUGUGGGAAGAGGAUACUCGAGAAAAUGAGAGUGCUGUGGGACACUCGUCUUUUGGGCGAGAGCAACAGUAACAGAGAGAUGUAUCUGAAAACCGUCCUACGAGAAAUGAUCACCUACAUCCUCUUUCUGGUCACGCUCUGCAUAUUAACCUACGGUAUGGUGAGCACCAACAUGUACUACUACACCAAAGUCAUGUCCCAACUUUUCGUGGAUACACCGCUGACAGGUGGAGAACCAACAACCUUCAAGACUCUUUCUUCCAUGGAAGACUUCUGGAAAUUUACAGAAGGGCCUUUUCUUAAUGGCAUGUACUGGGAGGUCUGGUACAACAACAAGAGCCUCCCAGAAAACCAGAGUCUGAUCUACUACGAGAACCUCCUGUUGGGCGUCCCACGUCUCCGGCAACUCAAAGUGCGCAACGAGUCCUGUUCUGUCCACGAAGACCUGCGGGAUGAGGUUUACGACUGCUACAAUGUCUAUUCUCCUGCCAAUGAGGACAAGGCACCAUUCGGACUGAAGAAUGGCACGGCGUGGAGGUACUCUGAGGAGAGCAGUCUGGGUGAGAGCAGCUACUGGGGUCAGGUGUCGACUUAUGACGGUGGAGGUUACUACCAGGACCUUUCACGCACUCGAGAGAAGUCGUCCAAUCAGCUGCAAGAGUUGAAAAACAACCUCUGGUUGGACCGUGGCACUAGAGCAGUGUUCCUGGACUUCUCCGUCUACAAUGGCAACGUUAACCUGUUUUGUAUUGUCAGGUUGCUAGCAGAGUUUCCUGCCACAGGGGGCGCCGUGACCUCAUGGCAGUUCCAGACGGUGCGUCUUAUCCGCUACGUGUCCAGCUGGGACUACUUUGUGGGCAUGUGUGAAGUGGCUUUCUGCCUCUUUGUGCUGUAUUACCUGGUGGAAGAAGUUCUAGAGAUCCGCUUGCAUCGUUUGCGUUACUUCAAGAGUCUGUGGAACUGCUUGGACGUUCUCAUUGUUACACUCAGUGUUCCAGCCAUCAUUAUGAACAUCUGUAGAACAUCAGCGGUCAGUCACAGACUUCACUUCCUGCUGGAGAACCACAGCACAUACCCCAACUUUGAGCCGCUCGCUCGCCUUCAGGUUCACUUCAACAACCUGGCUGCCGUCAUUGUCUUCCUCUCAUGGGUGAAGCUUUUUAAGUUUAUUAAUUUCAACAAGACCAUGAAUCAGCUGUCCACCACCAUGUCACGCUGCGCCAAGGACCUGAUGGGUUUCGCUAUCAUGUUUUUCAUCGUGUUCCUGGCCUACGCGCAGCUGGCAUAUUUAGUUUUUGGAACUCAGGUCAACGACUUCAGCACAUUUCAGGCCUGCAUUUUCACGCAGUUCCGGAUCAUUCUGGGUGAUUUUGACUUCUCGGAAAUCGAGGAGGCCGACAGCGUGUUGGGACCCAUUUACUUCACCACCUUUGUGUUCUUCAUCUUCAUGAUUUUGCUGAAUAUGUUCUUGGCCAUCAUCAAUGACACGUACUCGGAGGUGAAAGCUGACAUGGCCCAGCAGAGGUCAGAAAUGGAGAUUACAGACCUUAUCAAAAAGGGCUAUAACAGGGCGAUGGUAAAACUCAAGCUGAAGAAGACUUCCAUCAAUGACAUCCCAGACAGCUUACACCAGGCUACUGGCAAACUCAGCUUCGAUGAGCUCCGGCAAGACCUCAGAGGAAAGGGCCAUUCAGAUGCUGAGAUUGAAGCCAUUUUUGCCAAGUAUGACCUCGACGGAGAUCAGGAACUGACUGAACACGAGCACCAACAAAUGAGAGAUGACCUGGAGAAAGAGCGAGACUUGGAUCUGGAGCACAGUUCACUGCCCAGGCCAGUGAGUGGGCGGAGCUUCUCUCGUAGCCAUGACGACUCUGAGGAGGACGAUGAUGAGGACAGUGGACACAGCUCUCGUCGCCGUGGCAGCAGCUCAGGAGGCGUGUCAUACGAGGAGUUUCAAGUGCUUGUACGUCGAGUGGACCGCAUGGAGCACUCGAUCGGCAGCAUUGUGUCAAAGAUUGACGCCGUUAUCGUGAAGUUAGAGGCCAUGGAGAGAGCCAAGAUGAAGAGGAGAGAUGUGCUUGGACGGAUCCUGGAUGGAGUCAUGGAGGACGAAAGAACGGGGCGAGAUCCAGAGCUGCGCCGAGAGCAAAUGGACCGGCUGGUGAGAGACGAACUGGAGCGCUGGGAGUCUGAUGACACGAUGUCACAGGUGAGCCACCAUCAGGCCACUCCCAUCAUCUCGUCCGCUCAGCUCCGCCCGCGCAGUUCCCGCUCACCCUCCUCGCUGUCCAAUGAGGGCCCGGAUGGUGCGGCCAGUGCUGCCGGACACAUUUGAAGGGGUUCGCUUGUCAAAAAACAUUCCUACCGAUCAUGAAUUUCAUUGUUUCACAAUUUGGUGCAGUGCACUGGGCAAAACCUACUUAAAAGUAUUAAAGCCACAGCUGUUAAAUAGUCCUGCAUCAAAGCUAUUUAUUUGUGUUUCUUUAUAUUAAAGUUAAUCGGGGCUUUACAGUG